UGCAAAAUUGCCUCUGACAAUCUCACCCUUAAAAAAUUAUUUGCCAUAGACUUUAAAUCAUUUACCAACUUAGUUUAUCACUUUUCUUUUGAGAAUGACUCUGAAAUUCGAACUUGGUCCUGGCAGGAUGAUCGGGGGUUCUAACCCCUGUUUCAUUAUUGCAGAAAUUGGACAGAACCACCAAGGAGAUAUUGAAAUCGCAAAGAAAAUGAUCAAGAUGGCCAAGGACUGUGGGGCAGACUGCGCCAAAUUUCAGAAGAGUGAACUUGAGUACAAGUUCAACAAGCGUGCUCUGGAGCGUCCCUACACCUCCAAACAUUCCUGGGGAAAGACAUACGGUGACCACAAGCGCCAUCUAGAGUUCAGUCAUGAACAAUAUAGAGAGCUCCAGAAAUAUGCAAAGGAGGUUGGAAUCUUCUUCGCCGCUUCUGGGAUGGACGAGAUGGCUGUGGAGUUCCUGGAUGAGCUCGAUGUGCCCUUCUUCAAAGUUGCCUCAUGCGAUGCCAACAAUUUCCCCUAUCUGGAACUGACUGCAAGAAAAGGACGGCCUAUGGUGAUAUCCAGUGGGAUGCAGUCAAUGGCGACAAUGAGACGGGUCUAUCAGACGGUCAAGGAACACAAUCGGAACUUCACCAUCCUACAGUGCACCAGUGCCUACCCAUUGGACCCUGAGGAUGUCAACCUACGUGUCAUAGCAGAAUACCAGAAGGAAUUCCCUGAUAUUCCCAUCGGAUAUUCUGGCCAUGAGAGGGGAAUCAGUAUCACUGUGGCAGCAGUGGCAAUGGGGGCAAAAGUCGUGGAGCGUCACGUGACGCUGGACAAGAGCUGGAAGGGCAACGACCACGAGGCGUCACUGGAGCCUUCUGAGCUGACAGAGCUGGUCAGAGCCAUCCGCUUGGUGGAGCGGGCCCAAGGCACGGGCAUCAAACAGAUGCUACCCUGUGAGAAAGCCUGCCAUGUCAAGCUGGGGAAGUCAGUGGUGGCCAAGGUGGCGAUACCCAAAGGCACGGUGCUGAGUAUGGAUAUGCUGGGGGUGAAGGUGGGCGAGCCGAGGGGCGUCUCUCCUGAAGACAUGGGUCAGCUGGUGGGCAAGGCCGUCACAGAGGACGUGGAGGAGGACGGGAGCAUCACGCCACGUAUGGUGGACGUCUACAACAACAAGGGCUGACAAACAUGUUAACAUGCUGACUAGACUAGUGUUAUGACACUGAUGGUCUGUUUACAUUUCUACCAUUUUGGCUAGAUUGAGUAGGCAUACAUCUUCAUCUAGUGGUCAUGUCAGUAUUGUAGCAACGCCUAACCCCAAUUAUUUUCCUCACUUUAACCUCAGUCUCAUAACCUGCUGUUAUUUCACCAAACCUAAUGUGUUGGUUCCCCUAAUCAGCCACGUUAAUUCACCUAACCUGCCACUUUAAUUACCGCAACCCGCUAUGUAAACAGACCACCAAUCCGACAUAUGAUCAGUAUCACCAGACGGCCACGUUGCGUGCUGGGGUGUCACAAAAUGAAUGUACCCAUUAUUCAAUAAUUUAACUGCUCAUGCGCAUCAAUGGGCAUAGCCAGGCGAUAAAUAGAACUUGGUUCCAUUUCAGACCCUUAAUGACUGCAAG